UGCCGGGCGAUGUCCCGCCGCAAACAGGGCAACCCGCAGCACCUGUCCGUGAGCCAGAGGGAGAGCGUGCAGCCCGAGGCCAACCAUGAAAUGGGGGUGGAGCUUCGUUCACCAGGGGUGUGCCCUCCCAGUCCAAUGGGCAAUGCUGGAGAGAGAGACUUGCUGACCUGCGGCCAGUGUCAGACCAACUUCCCUCUGGGAGACAUCUUGGCCUUCAUCGAGCACAAGCGGAGGCUGUGCCGCGGGACCGGAGCCUGCUACGAGAAACCUGGUGAAGGUGGUGCCACGUCAUCAUCACCACGUCCUCUGAGAGUAGAACUUGCCAGGAGACCCCGCCCUGUGGAGAUCGGCAUCCAGGUCACACCGGGUGAGGAAGAAGAGGAAGAAAAGCGUCUAACGCCUGCCAGAGGAAUCUGCCCCAAGCAAGAGAGUGUACCGACAGGGAAAGAUGAGCCCUCUAGCUACAUCUGCACCACAUGCAAGCAGACGUUCACCAGCGCCUGGUUCCUGCUGCAGCAUGCUCAGAACACGCAUGGUAUCCGUAUCUACCUGGACAACCACCCUUCUAGCUGCUCCCUUACACCCCGUAUGGCUUUGCCUCCUCCUCUGGGAGCAGAUGCCCUGCCUCGCUCACCUCUUGCCAGUUUCCUGGGAGACAACAGCAACCCGUUCCACUUGCUCCGUAUGGCAGCACCUCUUCUGCGAGAGCCUCAGCCUGCUGGAUACAUGGAGACCCGCUUGCCAUCAACACCACCAUUUGUAAGCCCCCCUCCACCACCUCGUCAUCCCCUUGAGCGUCUGGGCCCAGAGGAGAUGGGCAUUCUCACCCAGCAUCCCAGUGCCUUUGAGCGGGUGAUGCGCCUGGCCCCAAUGCCCAUGGAACCACCAUCCAUGGAUUUCUCCCGCCGCCUCCGUGAGCUGGCCAGCAACAACAAUAAUAAUGGUGGGCCCACACCUCCUCUCUCACCCAACCGUGUGCCCCCUGUGCACAGGCUCCUCAGCCCCACACUCUUUCAGCCUGGUGGCAAGCCAGUGCCAUUCCUGGGAACGCCAACACAGCCACUUCCGGCUGCUCCCAAGUCCAGUUCUUCACCAACCUUGGGCCAGGCAGGCAAGGUCAAGUCUUGUGAGUUCUGUGGAAAGACCUUUAAGUUUCAGAGCAAUCUGAUAGUACAUCGGCGCAGUCACACUGGUGAGAGGCCUUACAAGUGCCACCUGUGUGAUCACGCCUGCUCUCAGGCCAGCAAGUUGAAACGGCACAUGAAGACCCACUUGCAGAAGUCAGGUUCAUUGAGCAGCUCGCCAGAUCGGGGCAGGCGUGACUCAACAGGAGAGGAGCAGAAGAGUGGAGAGGGCAGGGAACUACUGGACAAUGAUGACGAUGAGGAAGAUGAAGAUGAGGAUGAGGAAGAGGAGGAGAUAGAAGAACAACAGAAUGGCAGUAGCAGGCCCGCAUCUAAUCUCAGCAUGGACUCUGAGCUCAGCAGGAACCGGGAGAAUGAGUCCCAGACUUUGAUGACCGAAAAACCACUCUCCAUUGACAGAGGGAUGGAAAGCCAAUAUAAUGACAUCGACAAUCACCUGAGACUGCCUUUGGGCAACAGGCCUACAGAAGAGGCAGACACAGAUUCAUCAGCCAGAGAAGCCAGAGAAAUCAAUGCAGAGGUUCAACCCAUAGUUAAUGGCAGGGGUUGUGGACCUGAGGACUCCAUGGCAGGUUUGUUCCAGCAGAAGCCUGCACCCAUCUCUUGCUCAAACCUCUCUGGCUCCUCAGCCAAGAGGAUCAAAGUAGAGAAAGACAUGGAGCUUCCAUCUCUGCCACUCAUCGCUUCUGAAAAUGUGUACUCUCAGCUGUUGGCUGGCUACGCUGCUUCCCGCCACUACAUCAGGGAGCCCUUUCUGGGCUUUGGUGACUCCCGGCAGUCACCUUUUGCCACAUCUUCUGAGCAUUCGUCCUCAGAGACGGGCAGUCUGCGGUUUUCCACGCCCCCUGGGGAGCUAAUGGAAGGUGGAAUGUUGUCAGGAAGGAGCGGCAGUAACACACCACACCUCCAACUCCGAGGUCCGGGUCCUGGUAGGCCUCCUGGUUCUAAAGAGAGCCGGAGGAGUGACACGUGCGAGUUCUGUGGCAAGGUGUUCAAGAACUGCAGCAACUUGACAGUGCAUCGGCGCAGCCACACAGGUGAGAGGCCGUACAAGUGCGACCUGUGCAGCUAUGCCUGUGCACAGAGCAGCAAGCUCACGCGCCACAUGAAGACCCAUGGCCAGUUUGGCAAGGAGGUGUAUCGCUGUGACAUCUGCCACAUGCCCUUCAGCGUCUAUAGCACCCUUGAAAAACACAUGAAGAAGUGGCAUGGUGAACAUUUGAUGAGCAACGAUGUCAAACUUGAGCAGGCGGAUCGAGCAUAAGUUAUGUGCCCUAGAGCACAUGCUUCAGACAGUAUGAUGAGUUUAGCUGGAUAAUCUUUUGAAUAAAUCUAACUAUAGAGGUUUUUUUUGGAAUGAUUUGGUGUUUUUUUUGUGUGGUUUUUUUUUGUGUUUUUUUCCCUAGUGCCACCUGAGAAACAAGAACAUUAGUACAUGUUUGUGGAUGGAUUUGAAAAAACCCUGCUGGCAUUCCCAGGAAUUUGUCCAUUAAGAAUCCAUAGAGCCUUUCUACUGUGCAAUAAUUUCUGUAUUUAUUGGAUCAUUUCUUGAUGAUACAUGGCAUGUGCAGGUAUAUAAUGGCAUGUGCAGGGGUUUUAAUGCAUUCCUUUGUUAGAAUAUUAUUUUCAGACACCAUUUUAAGAUAUGACACAUACUGAGAGUUUGGCAUUCUGCCACCAUUUUGUUUGAGGAAUUUCCUAAAAGGAAAAGAAGCAAUUUUUACCUGUCCUGCUAAAUUCUGAAGAAGUUAUACUUCUAAAAAAAAAAAAAAAACAGAGAGAGAUUUUCUUGUGUACUACUGCUGUUUGCAGUCACACCACAUGUGGGUGAUAUAUUAAAACAUAAAGCACUGAAUGUCAACUUGACAAUAAAUAUGAAACAAAUUCGAGGGAGAUGGAAUACCAGGGAUGUCUCAGGCAGCUGGAUGACAGUUUGACUGUAUUUUAAUGAUUCCCUUUUGACCACCAUCUGGCUGACUAUGCUCUUGAUAUGACUUUUAUGAUUUUAGCUGUCAAGCUUAAGCAAAACAAAUUCUUCCCUACAUCAAUACACUCAUUUAGACAUUAUUGAUUUACUAUAUUCCUUAUAAGGCUGGUAAAGUAAUAUAGCCCAUAUUUUUAUGAUCUGACUGUUUACAGUACCACAUAUUGUAAAACAAAAUAUACCACCCAGUGUAUAUUUUCUUAACACACAUAUUAAUGGGUUUGACCAAUUUCCUUAUUUUAUCCUGAUUGAAAAGAAAUGUUUUGGCAAUGAAAAGUGCGAGAUGUUGUUACGAUACUAAGGUUCAAAGUGUUAAAAGCAAUUUUAACAAAACCUCAGCCAGGAUCAUUCCUUUACCUGGCCUUGCAGUAUUACAGACGUAUUAUUUACAAAAUUGUUAUCAAAAUUAGUUUGUUAUGGUAACAUGCAAGUGUCCAAAAUGGCUGCUUGGUCUCCAGAGCAUUGUGGAACGAACCAGUGUGCUCAUGUCAGAUGUUUGAGGCCCAGGGUCACCUUCUAUUUUUCACACUUCACCAAUUCAGAGGGCUGUUGUGCCUUUAACAAAUAACCAUUCUCCCCUCAAAUCUUAGAUAUCUCAGGCUGCUGCGUUUUUAUUUUAUUUUAUUUUUUUAAGACUGUAGACAUUUUAUUUUCAGGACUGUUUUCAUUCCAAAUUAAGCUUAUAAUCAGCACUUAAAAAUGCUGCUUUUUUGUUUGCAAAUUGGUAUCUUGGAUAAAGACAUCGAAAGAUACUACUGGAAAAUUUUCCUACAUUCCUUACCCGAUCUUUAAGCCUAGCUUGCAUCUUUUGGAUAGCAUAAUUAAAAAUAAGGUAGCGCGAAUGGCAGAGACAUUUAAAAUGUAAAUCAGAGAAAGUUUUAAUAAAGAUACGGAGACAAACUGGCCCCGCUACACAUGCUUGUGUUUUACUGCUGUUCAAUCCAACAUGCACGCAAAUGAUUAUGCAGUGUGUACACUUGUAAUAAUGAAUUUCAUUCCAACAACAAGAAAAUCACAAUGAAGACAUUAAAUAUUUAUGCAUUUGAUGUGUGUAUCUGUACUACCUUUCAGAAUCUAAUUUAAUGCACAAUUUUGUCCGAGAUGACCAAGUCAUCUAGUUCUUCACUGAUACAUCCAGCUGGCUCUUCACCAGCUUGGAAGAAAAUAGAAAAAAAAUGAGAAAAAAAUGACACUCUGUCUUUAAAAUGAUGUUUACAGUGUUGAAGUACAAGGAUAACAAAUUCCUGUGUAAAUGUGUUUUAAACGAGAAUAAUCUCAUGUUUUUUUCUACCAUUUUCUGAAUGCCAUAGCAGGGUUGGUUGGUUGGUUGUUUAAUAUUUUAUUUUGUUUUCGGUGCAGGGUUUCUUUCCCCCCAUAAAUUUCAGUGGAUAUAUUCGUAUAUGUUUCGUUCACUGUUAAAAUACACAGUGUAUUUGUAUACCAGUGGCAUUUUAUGAAAUGAUGCAAAAAAAAAUCUUUAUAUUUUGCAGUCCAUUAUAAAAUUGUGAGUCUAUCCAAAUUUUUUUUUGUCUCUAUACCUGUUCAUAAUUUUGG